AUGGAGCAAAGGAAGCUGGAGUUACGUGGUAGACCAGCAUUGAACAUGACAAUUCCGAUGAGUGUUUUUGAAGUGAAGGUUCAAGUGAAGGUCCUAGUGAAGAGAGGAAACAAGCAACAAACAAGGCAAAUGCUAAUCCCGAGUGAUUGUUUGCUAGUGCAGAGCACAAAACAGAAAGAUAUAACGCAAAUCCCCACCGUAAUCCAAUCCGCCGUCGCCGGUGACGUCCGAUCCGCCGUUGCCUGUUCCGAUUCUCCGUCGCCACGAUCCGCCGUUGCCUGUUCCGAUUCUCCGUCGCCAAAGCCGAUCCGUUGCCGUAUCCGAUUUUCUCUCGCCAAAGCCGAACCGGUCCGAUCCUCCGUCGCCAAAGUCCACCGUUGCCGCAUCAAAUAUCCAAUCUGCAGAAUGGCUGCUCAGGUCCCUCUAGGUGUGUGGUUUGCUCCCAGUGAGCAACAGAUUUUCGAAGACUUUCUCAUCCCAAAGACACAGGGGAAUUUAGGAGCUUUGGUCGACUCGCCGAUUCUUGACUUUAACAUCUACCUGAGAGAGACCCUAUCAGCACUGUGUUCCCAGCUCAGCCUAACUUCCCAGCACAAAACUUUUGGUAUUUCGUUCCUCGAGUGCCUUACACGCCCUCAAGCUCAAGCUCAAGACCUAGACGAUUCAUUCAACAGAUGUAGGAGGAACACUGUGGACUAUGUUACGGUGGAGGAAAAGAGAACGGGAUGGCGCAUGUACGAGUACGAGCGCAUCUUGGAUGCACCCAUUUUUCAGACUACGGUUGUUGUGCAUCUCUUCUACAGUCUGCAGCUGGAUCAGACGGCCGAAUUGGUUUGA